GAGGGAAGGCGGCAGCUUUACCGGAACACUGUCGAGGGCUUCAGAGGCAUCUGUCUCUAUGUGAGAUUAGGGUUUAUGUUUAUAUCAGUAUUUUUAUCAUAUGAUAUAUGACCAUAUAAUUAUAUUUAAAGUCUAAUUUCCUAGAAAACUAAGCAAUAAAAGGUAGCAUUUAACCGCCUUUUUUGGGGGGCCGAGCACUGUGUUAAGCGAACCUUAUGAGAUGGCAUCCCCGUUUUACAGAUGAUGGAAGUCAGGCUCAGCGAAAUGAAGUGACUUGACCAAAGGUUUGCUUUUGCACCAGAACUGACUCCAAGAAGGGCUUGGCUUAACCCAGGCGAUCUGGUGUACCUGACCCUGAAAAUCUGGUGAAUGCUGUAGGUGUUCUGGUUUUCUUUAUUUUUUCCCCAGAGGUUGCCUCAGUCCGUUUUAAGGAAAUUAAGCAAUGUGGAUCCUUGCUAUUAAAUUAGUUGUAAAAUAUAAUUUGGGACAAAUUUUGAUAAAAACACAAGGAGUGCAUCUUGGGGAUUUUUUUUUUUUUUUUACCAUGUAGAAAGUAAGAUAAACGUAGCUGUUUUGAAGAUAGUUGCUGAAGGAUUUUGUGUACCCAGAAGAAUUUGAGGAUAAUUUAGAAUCCUAGAAUUUUUAGGACCUGGGAAAGUUUUUAGGGAGAAGUAACUUUUUUCCUUAGAAUAUUAAGAAAAUAACUAAGAAUAAUAAUCUAAAGGUGAUUACCUGAAUUCUUUGUCCCUUGACAAUGACACUAUUUUAAAGUGUUGUACGAAUUCCAACGAGCUCAAACAUAUCAAAAAUCAUGAAGAUGAAGCAGUUUGGGGCAAUGUUUUGUUCUCAUACAUAAGGAGGCCAUGAGUCAGAGCCAACUGGAUGGCAGCUAACAACAAGAGUUUCAUUAUAAAUAAUGCUUAGAAUAAGACUUUUGUAUUACAGAAUAGAUGACGUACAAAUGGUGACAAAUAUCUUUCAUUAUCUCCUGUCACUGUUAAAAUCUAACUUCACAUGGCCUAAAAAUGUCAAAGAUGCCAGACAUGCAUUCCGUCAGGCAAGAAAAUCAUCCCAAAGAAGGUAGAAUAUGUUUUGUUCCCUGAGUUGAAGACCACAGCCUCAGAUUUCUGGUUGCUAUUGGGAUAUUUGGAUGUAGACCAGAUGAGUCUGCUUUAUUCUUCCCUUCGAUAUUCUUUGCAUUGAAAAAUUAUGGGAUUUUCAAAUAUUUUGUAAUAUCACAACUGUCAAAUUGCAUUUCUUGAAAACUACUUAAGAACUUCUUAAUGGGGAUUUGCUUAUUGCGUAACACUUCCUGUUAAAAUGAAACAGGAUGAGGUAGACAUAGAUCUAAAACCAAAAACCAAACCCAGUGCCAUCGAGUCGAUUCCAACUCACAGCAACCCUAUAGGACAGAGUAGAACUGCCCCGUAGAGUUUCCAAGGAGCACCUGGUGGAUUUGAACUGCUGACCCUUGGGCUAGCAGCUGUACCACUUAACCACUAUGCCACCAGAAUUUCCAUAGAAGUAAAAAAAAAAAAAAAAAAGUAGGUACUGCUAAUUUAUGAUGUUCUGGCAGAAUAAGCUCUGCUAAUAGUUUGGAAAUUAAUAACAACUAGCAGAGCUUAGGAGCUCUGGUGACGCAGUGGUUAAGAGCUAUGGCUGCUAACCAAAAGGUCAGCAGUUUGAAUCCACCAGCUGCUCCUUGGAAACCCUACAGGACAGUUCUGCUCUGUCCUGUAGGGUUGUUAUGAGCCAGAGUCGACUCGGACGGGCAGUGGGCUUAGAGCUUAACCACAUCUAGGCUUACAAACUUAUUGAGUUGAGGGCAUGAAAUUAAUAAAGCUACAAUUGCUUUCUAAGCUUGGCCAAUCACUGGACUUGGCUUCAUCAUAUAAAAGAGAGGAUUCUCCUAAAUUAUUUCUAAUAUAUUUUAUAGUUUCACAAUGAUAUCCUAGCACAGAUACUUUUUUCUAACAUAACACCUUUGUUACUAUAAUAGGUAAAAGAAAACUAAUUUUGACAGUCUGUCCUGUAACACUUUAUGUAUCCCCAUUUUAUGCACGAGGAAACGAAAGUUAGAAGGUUACAUCUGCCCAAGAUCCUCCAUCUACUAAGUACAUGCCCAGGUUCUUGGAUCCUUGAAGUGUGCUAAGAGGUUACUGGCCAUACUUGCUGCCGUAGAGUAGAUUCCGACUCAGACUCAUAGUGACCCAAUAGGGCAAAGGAGAACUGCCUUGCAGGGUUUCCAAGGAGCAACUGGUGGAUUCGAACUGCUGACCUUUUGGGUAGCAGCUGAGCUCUUAACCAGGGCUCCAGGGCUUACUGAAUCCCUGGAUAAAUAGCAUAUGUUCCCUGAGCACCCUUCUCACUCGAGGAUUUGAGGAAGAAAGGUUUUUAUUUGUGACAGAGGUGUGGGCACAGGUUUUUGUUGUAUUAUUUUGAAUAUGAAAGGUGGUAUAAAACAUUUGCACAUAGAAACACACAAGUCUGUUUUAUGAAGUAGAGUACAAAGUUCACACAAUUUUUUUAGAUAAAAUGAAAUCUCAAAGAUGUUUCCUGUUUUGUGGCAGAGCAUUUCCAAUGCAUUUAACAUCAUUUCCUUUUUUUUUUAAAUAAAUAUAACAGUUUUAUUGAGAUAUGAUUCACAUGCCAUACAGUUCAUUUAUUCAAAGAGUACAGUUUCACAGAGUUGUACAUUUACCAUAAUCAAUUUUAGAACAUUUUCAUCACCCCAAAAUGAAACCUCAUAUCCAUGGGCAAUUACUGUCCGUUCCUUCCCUACCUCAACCCCCUCAGCCCCAGACAACCACUAAUCUAUUUUCUGUCUCUAUAGAUUUGCCUCUUCUAGAUAUUUCAUAUAAAGGGAAUCAUAUAAUAGGUGAUCUUUUGUGACUGCCUUCUGUUACUUAGCCCAGUGUUCUCAAGGUUUAUCCAUGUUGUAGCAUGUGUCAUUACUGCAUUCCUUUUUAUUGCCGCAUCGUAUUCCAUUGUCUGAAUAUACCACAUUUUAUUUAUCUAGUCCCCAGUUGGUGGACACUUGAGUUGUUCCCAUUUACUGGCUAGUUUUUUAUUAACAAUGUUGCUGUGAAUGUUCGUGUACAAGUUUUUGUGUGGACAUGUUUUCAUUUCUCUUGAGUAUAUAAAAAAUUGCUGGGUUAUAUGAUGAUUCUACGUUUAACUUUUUGAAGAACUGCCAGACUCUUUUCCAAAGUGGCUGCACCAUUUUACACUCCCACCAGCAAUGUAUGAAAGUUGCAAUCUCUCCACAUUCUCACCAACACUUGUUAUUGUCUUUUUUAUUAUUUCCAUCCUAGUGGGUGUGAAGGUGUUGGUGACUCAGUGGUAGAAUCCUGGUUCAGUGGUAGAAUUCUCACCUUCCAUUUGAGAGACUGGGGUUUGAUUCCCGGCCAGUGCACCUCAUGCGCAGCCAUCCCCUGUCCGUCAGUGGAGGCUUAUGUGUUGCUGUCAUGCUGAACAGGUUUCAUCGGAGCUUCCAGAAUAAGACAGACUAGGAAGACAGGCCUGGCAAUCUGCUUCCAAUAAAAAUCAGGCAGUGAAACCCUAUGGAUCACAACUGUCCAAUCUGCAGUCAGUCAUGAGGAUGGUACAGGACCUGGCAUCAAUUCAUUCCACUGUACAUGGGGUCACUGUGAGCCAGAGCCAACUGAAGGGCAGCUAACAACAACAACAGAACACUGAUUGCUCUUCUUCACCAUGUUAAUGAUGAAGUUAUUAAUAAUAUUUAUAUUUUAUGGACUUAUAACUGGUUCUAGAGGUAACUCUUCUUAUAGUUUGCCACCCAAGUUACUACUCGUUUCCUUUGAUGGCUUCAGAGCUGACUAUCUACAGAACUAUGAAUUUCCUCAUCUUCAGAAUUUUAUUAAUGAAGGUGUCUUGGUAGAACAUGUUAAAAAUGUUUUUAUCACAAAAACAUUUCCAAACCACUACAGUAUUGUGACAGGCUUGUAUGAAGAAAGCCAUGGUAUAGUGGCCAACUCCAUGUAUGAUGUAGCCACAAAGAAACAUUUUUCUGACUCUAACGACAAGGAUCCGUUUUGGUGGAAUGAGGCAGUACCUAUUUGGGUGACCAAUCAACUUCAGGGAAACAGAUCAAGUGCUGCUGCUAUGUGGCCUGGUACUGAUGUACUCAUUCACAAUACCACACCUUCCUAUUUUAUGAAUUAUAACUCUGCAGUGUCAUUUGAAGAGAGACUAAAUAAUAUUACUAUGUGGCUGAGUAAUUCGAACCCACCAGUCACCUUUGCAACACUGUAUUGGGAAGAACCAGAUGCAAGUGGCCACAAAUAUGGGCCUGAAGAUAAAGAAAACAUGCGUACAGUAUUGAAAGUAAUAGAUGAUCAUAUUGGUUACCUAGUCCAGAAACUCAAAAUGUUAGGAUUGUGGGAAAAUCUUAAUGUGAUCAUUACAAGUGAUCAUGGGAUGACCCAGUGUUCUAAGGAAAGACUGAUAAACUUGGACGGCUGCAUCGAUCAUACAAACUAUGCUCUUAUAGAUGCGUCCCCCGUUGCUGCAGUACUUCCCAAAAUAAAUAGAACAGAGGUUUAUAACCAACUGAAAGCCUGUGACCCUCACAUGAACGUUUAUCUCAAGGAAGAUAUUCCUGCAAGAUUUCAUUACCAACAUAAUGAUCGCAUUCAGCCUAUUAUUUUGGUUGCUGAUGAAGGCUGGACAAUUGUGCAAAAUAAAACGUUAACAAAAUUAGGUGACCAUGGUUAUGAUAAUUCAUUGCCUAGUAUGCAUCCGUUUUUAGCUGCCCACGGUCCUGCAUUUCACAGAGGCUACAAGCACAGCACCAUUAACAUUGUGGAUAUCUAUCCAAUGAUGUGCCACAUCCUGGGAUUAAAGCCACAGCCCAAUAAUGGAACCUUUGGUAAUACGAAGUGUCUGUUAGUUGACCAGUGGUGCAUUAAUCUCCCGGAAGCCAUUGGAAUUGUUAUCGGUGUGCUUUUGGUGUUAACCACUCUAACGUGCCUCCUAAUAAUCAUGAAGAAUAGACUGUCUGUCCCACACUCGUUUUCCCGACUUCAGCUACAGGACGAUGAUGAUGAUCCUUUAAUUGGGUGACACAUGCUGAGGGUUUUUGUAAAGUGUCUUCAGUUAGUCACAAAACUAAGGAUACGCCCAAGGAAUGGUAUUGUAACUACGAACAAGUCACUCUGAAAGACAAAAAAGCUAGACCAAGCAUGCUAACGUUUUUUGUUUUUUAUCGUGUUUGGUGCAUUAGCCAAUAUAAAUAACCCUGACUAUAGUAAAAAUUGCUUGUAAAUCAUUAUUGAUUAACACAAUGUAUUUCUCUACCUAGAAACAUCUUUUGAGAAGAAUACUCCCUCUGCUUUUUUGUUUGUGUUUGUGUGAUAAAGAUGAGAUACAUCUUUAAAUGAGACCAUAACAAAAUUUAGUGGGAGUGCAUUUAUAAUAAAUUUGUAUAUUUGUAAAUGGAAGGACAGAAAUCCUUACACAGUUCUUGAAUUUUGUGUAUCAGGGAAGAAAUGUUUCCUAUAUUUUUAUAUUUAUAUUUAAUAGAGUUUGUAUCCCAAGUAAACACUUGAGGUAGGAAAUUCUCUGUAGUGGUUCAUAAGAUUGGUUAACCAGGUGGAUGAGAUUGAGCAUAUGAAUAAAUUAUUUUAAGGAAAGCUAUUUAAAAAAAAAAUGUCAUACAAAGCCUCAUUUGUUACCAUUGUGUCUUUUUUAAGACACAAAAGCUGUUGCAGUCUUCCCGUUUUAUAUUUUGAAGAUAAUUGCUAAUAAGAAAUUCAGAAUGGAGAA